AUGGCACUCCUCCAGUUCAAAGCGCCCGUAAGAUAUUCGGAGCAGAAAGAGGUCUUUAAAGAUUUUUUUGAGCACUUCAAAACGUUCGACUCGGCGUCUGAAUCCGCGGCUACAGAAGCAAUUGAGGGCCUGCAUAUCGACGAGGACGACAUUAGCGAUGAUGAUGAGCUUAUGGACGAGAUUGACGGUAAUGCGCCGGGAGGAAGGACAACAGAAAGGCGGAGGAAAGAGCCCAAAUUAAAAUACAUGCAGCUUUUGCAGGAGGUGGCAGACAGAACGAAAAACAACAUUGUUGUUGAGUUGGAUGACCUCGAUACGUUUGUGAAAGCGUUACCUGACGAUGUUCACUUUGACCUCGUCGAGAGUAUUGAAAACAACGCCAAACGCUACAUUGACGUGUUCUCCGAAGUCGUUGACGAAGUGAUGCCCAAGGAGACGCGGGAAGUAUCAUUUAAAGAUGACGUCCUUGAUAUCAUCAUGUCGCAGCGUGAAAGGCGCAACGAAACAAUGUCAGCAGCUGCGGAAUCAGAAACAGAUGUCGGGUUGCCGCACUCCAUAUUUCCGCCUGAACUUACACGCCGGUAUACACUGAAUAUCAAGCCGCGAACACCUUCUGGUUCAAGCAGCGAGCGAAACUCGAAGGCGUUGGCGGUGCGAAAUGUCAAGGGAGAACAUCUCGGAAAACUGAUUACCGUUAGAGGCAUUACCACCCGGGUGUCGGAUGUGAAACCCUCUGUUAAAAUUAACGCUUAUUCGUGUGAUCGUUGCGGCUCAGAGGUCUUUCAACCGGUUACAACCAAACAGUUUAUGCCCCUUCAAGAAUGUCUAUCAGAAGAAUGUACGAAAAAUCAGUCAAAAGGCCAACUAUUCCUCUCCUCCCGCGCAUCCAAGUUUAUUCCGUUUCAAGAAGUCAAAAUUCAAGAGAUGGCGGAUCAAGUUCCUGUUGGGCAUAUCCCCAGGACGCUCACCAUCCACUGUCUUGGUAGCCUCGCUCGACAGGUCAAUCCUGGUGAUGUGGUAGACAUUGCUGGUAUUUUCCUUCCGACGCCAUACACAGGGUUUAGGGCGAUUCGAGCUGGCCUUCUAACGGACACAUACCUCGAAGCACAACAUAUAACGCAACACAAAAAGGCAUAUGAAAAUCUCACAAUGGAUCCUCGGACGCUUCGUCGAAUUGAACAGCAUAUGCAUUCGGGAAACAUGUACGAAUACCUUUCGCGCUCUAUUGCACCUGAGAUCUAUGGCCAUCUUGAUGUGAAGAAAGCGCUACUUUUACUUUUGAUUGGAGGUGUCACUAAAGAAAUGGGAGACGGAAUGCGCAUCCGUGGUGAUAUUAAUAUUUGUCUCAUGGGUGAUCCUGGUGUGGCCAAAUCCCAAUUGCUCAAGUAUAUCACUAAAGUUGCGCCGCGAGGCGUAUAUACCACCGGCCGUGGAAGCACUGGUGUGGGCCUUACCGCAGCGGUCAUGCGAGAUCCCGUCACAGAUGAGAUGGUACUAGAGGGUGGUGCUUUGGUUCUUGCGGACAACGGUAUCUGUUGCAUUGAUGAAUUUGACAAGAUGGAUGACGGCGAUAGGACGGCAAUCCAUGAGGUUAUGGAACAGCAAACGAUAUCUAUUUCCAAGGCUGGAAUAUCAACGACACUUAACGCGCGCACGUCGAUUUUAGCAGCGGCUAACCCGCUGUAUGGACGGUAUAAUCCGCGAGUUUCUCCGGUAGAAAACAUCAACCUUCCCGCUGCUCUCCUUUCCCGUUUCGAUGUCUUAUUUUUAAUGCUCGACACACCUUCUCGUGACGCAGACGAAGAACUCGCCCACCAUGUCACAUAUGUGCACAUGCACAACAAGCAUCCUGAGAACGAAGAGAAUGAAGUAAUAUUCACACCUAAUGAAGUGCGACAGUACAUUGCCAAAGCUCGAACUUUUCGUCCAACUGUCCCAAGACAAGUUUCGAACUAUAUGGUGGGCUCUUACGUCCGCCUUCGUCAGGAGCAGAAAAGCGAAGAAGGCAGUAAAAAGCAAUUUUCGCACACCACACCUCGAACGUUACUCGGCGUAUUACGUCUCUCGCAAGCCCUGGCGCGUCUGCGCUUCAGCGAUCAAGUCGUCUCGGAGGACGUGGAUGAGGCUCUGCGCUUGAUAGAAGUAAGCAAGUCAAGCCUGUAUAUGGAUGGCCACAGCGGUGCCGACCAAACUCCGACAAGUAAAAUCUACAACCUGAUUAGAGGAAUGCGGGAAAGUGGUGCGGCUGCUACUGGUGAUGGGGGUGAUGGGGAGCUGAGCGUAAGGAAAAUUAGAGAGAGAGUAUUGGCAAAGGGAUUCACCGAGGACCAGUUGAAUGCCGCAAUUGAUGAAUAUGCUGAUUUAUACGUGUGGCAAGUUAUUGGCAAUGGCACAAGGCUUGUAUUCAUUGAUGGUGCUGAAGACGAAGAUAUGGACUUGUAA